AUGUCAAAGAUAGCAGAGAGUAAAUCAAAACUUUCUCGUUCUAGCUAGUACUACAUAUGUGAGGAUUCAGACAACGAUGAAAUCGUUAACAUAAACAGGUUUUUUAUUUUCCAUUCCCAGUUAGAUUGAGCGAAACGAAUCUUCGAGAAACAUCCAGAGACGGCAUCAACUUUUUGUCUAAAGAGUGUAUUUGUCAAAAAAACAUACUUCACUGCUCUGGUAGACCUCAUUGACAUGAUGAAAUUUUUACCUCAACAACAUCUCUUCGAAUUCAGACUAAAAGAAGUAGAAAACACAACUCUGGAUCUUGAAGCCCCUGGUUUCAAGUUGUAUUGGUUGAUAAAGAAGAUUGAGGAGAUUCGUGUUACUAAGAAGAAAGGACAGGACCGUGUGGCUAGAGAGAUGAGGGAACUAAACCAAAUGAUCCUGAAGAAAAAGGAGGAGUUGUUGGUUCUUGAAGAAGAAAUGAAGAAGGAGCCGUUUGAUGCUAUUGAACCUGAAUAUUUUUUACUCAAUUGUUUGAAUGAACUCACAUGUGAUUCUAGUGAAUCAAUUACCAAAUAA